CCCAAGCCAUACCCCCCUUCCCCACCCCACCUCCCCUUCUCCUUCCCUUUCCACUUUCUGACUUUCUGAACAAGACAAGGUGCUACUAAUGUCAAGCACUAGAACAUAUUAGACCCCCUAACGCAUAGUAGGUUUGUUCUCUCCCAUUCUUCACUUCAUUCCCGCGUCUUGUGGGUCCUAGGCCACACCCGCCAUGUCUGAGCGCAGCAACUAUUCCUACAACGGGCCGCGUCCCAACCCGCUUUACGGCGGCCCCAAGUCUUCUAAAGCCACCAGCUCCAGCAGCCAGAACCCCUCAUGGGUGCGCCGCGAGCCCUCCGCAUCGCAUGCCUACAGUGACUCCAACUGCUCUCCCGGCGCCUCGCCCGCGCGCAGCAACCGCAGCGGCGGAGGGCCCUAUUACGCGCCGCAGUAUGAGAACCCCGGGUAUACCGUCGAGACCCCUGGGCACUAUAACGGGUUCGGGACAGGCCCGGGAUCCGUCGGCGGAAGCUCCAUCCCCGCCGCGUCGCCUUACCGCCCAACCGCGUCUUAUUUCGUGCAGACGCCCGCGCAUUCCGAUCGCGCGGGGCUGUUCAGCUCCCCCGGGUCGUCCGCGCCGUCGUCGCCGCGGUUCGGCGACGACGACGCGCGGAGCAUGCGAUCCGGGCGAGGCGGCGCGUCCGUGGCGAUCAACGGCGGCGACGACGACGACGAGUGCGACGACUUUUACCCCGACCACAUGAGGGACGCGGACCGGCGACAAAAGUGGUGGAUCGCCUUCUGGGCGUGGGUCACGCUGAUCGCGGGGCUCACGCUGGUGGGAGGCGCGAUCGCGUGCUGGAUAAUUUUCCAGCCGUCGGAGCCGACGUACACUUUCGACUACGUGAUGGUGAACCAGUUUUCCGUCUACGAGAACAUGCUUGACGGUAACGGAAUGGCGACGGACCACCUGUACGCGAACAUGACGUUCAUCUUCUCUAUAAAGAACCCCAAUACGCGCUUCAACACGUGGUUCGACGGCGGCGACCUCUCCAUCAGCUACGACAACAUGGCGAAUAUCAUGAAAACUAAGCUUCCGACAUUUCUGCAAGAGAGCAGGAGUGGUCGAGCUUCAACCGCUCGCUGUCAACCAUGGCGUUUCCGCUCUACGCGGGGGGGACGCACCUGCGCGCGGACGUGGCGGAGCAGUUCGUUCCGCUGAAGCUGAACGCGACGCUCAACAGCCACGUGGACGUGGCGUGGAAAAUCAUCCAGCCGAAGUACUCGCAGCUGCUGGAAUGCGUGGUUCACAUUAACCCCGCGUCUCUACAGUACAUCAACGAUACUUGCACGCUGACAAUGCUCAACAAAAAAUUGUAGAGCCUAAAUAAGCGGAGCUUAGGAUUUGAAACUGUUUCUGCAUAAAACUACAGAAGCUACAGCACAUGACGGUAAGGGCAGGAAUGAAAGGUAUUCCUGAGUUGGGGUUUCCAUAGGCUUUGCUUCGGUGACGGCUCGGAGUGCGGCUUGGGGCCAGGCACGUUCGGAGGUUCGUACACCAGGUUUGGGAAAGAGAUGAUGGGCCUAGUGCAGAAGGAAAUGAGAGCAGUCACGGAGCCGGCUGUCAGCAACCAGGGAGGCAAUUUGUGGAGGGGUGAGUAGAGGAAGAGGAAGGAAUGGGAAUGUUUGGAUGGUGAUGGAAACGGCUGGAGUAAAUUCUGACGAACUUCUAGGCGUCUUAGAAAGGUGUACAUGCGUGCUUAGCUAGGAUUAAGGUGCUAUGUUGGAAUAAAAGAUGAUUGUAUCAAUUGCAACGUGCGAAGGCCCGCAUGCAAGCCACGUAAGGCCUUCCUACAGCUUUAUUUGACGAAAGCCAUUUCUGAAAUUCUAAAAU